AUGCAUUUGUCGUGGCUGUUGGUCGCAUGGGCAUGUCUCGUGGGACGGGUGCUGAGUAUCGAUGUUGCGUCUUUUCUAGCCCAGAUCCCUGAGUGUGCGGGGAGCUGUCUGCUGGACCUGGCAGCAAACUCAACAUGCGGAAUCGAUGUCGAAUGUCUCUGUGCCGAUCCCCAGCUGCAGACCGUCGCAGCAAGUUGCGUUCAGAGCAAAUGCCUGCCCCGGGAGGCUCUCUAUACGCUCAAUGUUACCUCAGUGGCCUGCGACUAUCCCAUACGCGACCGACAUCAAAAGUUCGAUAUAUUAGGCAUCGCCAUGGGUGUAGUCACCAUAAUUAUCGUCGUUGCACGGAUUUACCAGAAACUGAAGUUCGAGAGACUAUUACGGGCAGAUGAUUGGGUGAUUAUCGUUUGUUUGAUCACCUGCAUCGGCAACACUGUCAAUUGUGUCCACGGUCUAUCUGGCAAUGGCUUUGGAAGGGAUGCUUGGACGAACACCCCAUACACCAUCAGCGAAUUUCUUCGCUACGUCUACAUCGGCCAAACCUUCUACGCGGCCGACGUCUUCCUGACCAAAAUUUGCGUCCUACUCUUCUACCUCCGAAUCUUCCCCGUCCGAUCGGUACAAGUAAUUAUAUGGACGACAAUUGGAGUCGCCGCUCUCAGCAUGGUCGUGUUUCUCGUACUGGCAAUCGCGCAAUGUCAACCAAUCAGUUUCUUUUGGAAUGGGUGGGAUAAACUUCAUGAAGGACACUGUAUUGGCAUCAAUCCAUUGGCUUGGUCAAUUGCAGCUGUCUCCAUCGCCAUGGACUUUUGGGUGCUCGCAAUCCCAGUGUUCCAGCUCCUGCGUCUCCAGAUGAAGUGGCAGAGGAAACUGGCCGUCACAAUGAUGUUCGUUGUCGGUACUUUUGUCAGUGUCGUCAGCAUCAUCCGUCUGCAAUUUCUCGUUGCUUUUGGCAAAUCCACGAACCCCACAUGGGACUUUUUCGACACCUGUUAUUGGUCGGUAAUCGAGAUUAAUGUCGGAAUUUGGUGUGCCUGCAUGCCCGAUCUACGACUCCUCCUAGUCAAGGCAUUCCCAAGGCUCAACAGCAGGAACGAUUCCAGACCAUCAUACCACAACAAGAGUGGGAGCUCGUCGAGAAAACACGGGGUAUCGCCGCAUAUUAGUUCUCACCAGACCGAGCACGCCAUAUAUAAGGGGAGUUCGCGUCCAGAACUUCAACCAGACGCGUCAUCCAGCACAGCUGAGCUUGUUGAGAUGACACGAUUUUUUAAUGAAAGUCCCAACCAUAAUGUAGCAUAG